AUGAAAAUUCAUCCCUUUAAACACAAGGAGGAUAAUGAGACAUUGCAUACCUGGAGUAGUCAGAGGCAAUUUACUGAAAUGGGAUCUUAAGUUGGUCUGAUACAAACACAUAGUGGGUUUCUACAACCCAUAAAUAAUAGCAAUAGAAAAUGCAGAGCUAAAACAGUAAAGAAUUUGUAAGAUAAUCAGUUUUAUAUGUAAGCAUACAAUUAUCCUCAACAGCUACUAUUUCUCCCACUAAUUCCCAGAGGACAGAUAGGAAACUUUAAUUUUAAAAACUGAUCAGGAAGAUCAUUAAUGCUUAACACUUCAUAGAGGAACUUAGGAAUUAUGCUGAGUAGCUGAGGACUCAAAAUUUACGCUAUGCCUACAAAAGAAGAAACCUGUUACCUCUAUUUCCAGAUGAUAUCCCUUAUAUUAUAUGGGGAUUAAUUAUAAAUUUAUGCACUGAUUUUGCAGCAAUUUUAUUUCCCUUACAAGUUGCAUUCGAUUUUGAAGUACAUUAUGUAAAAUAUAAUAGAGGGAGUAGGCAGUCAACUAACAUUGGCAAUAUAAAUAAUAUUUUGGUUGGAUCUAAUCGUGAAUUUUUUUAUUUGUCAUGUCAAUAAAUAACUUGAUUUGAUUUACAAUUUUAAGGAUAUAGCUUAACAUUAUUUAAGUGGUUGGUUUUUGUUUGACCUAAUCUCAGUACUCCCUGAUUUUAAUUUAACUGGACUCAAAAUAUUAAAACUAAUCAGAUUAUUUCGAUUUUUCCUGUUUGAAAGAAGAGUCGCUUACAAUUAAUCUCUUGAUCUUUUGAAAUAGUAGAAGGCAAUUAAAGAUGAGUUAGUGGUCAGAAGUGAAUUUAAUUUGGAUUUGAGACUCAAGAAGUUGAUGAAGAUAUUUAUGGAAAUGAUAGUACUCAAUCACUUAUUUGCUUGUUUGUGGUUGUGGAUUUGCAGAUUCAAUGAGAAUACAAACUGGUUGUCUUAUUAUCACUUUAAUGAGAAGGAUCAAUUCACUCAAUUGAUUUAAGCAUUCUUUUGGGCAUAUCAAACUAUAACAGUGAUAGGCUAUGGGGAUAUCGAAGCUCAUAAUUCCGAUGAAUACUUACUAGUAAACAUUUGGAUGCUAAUAGGAGUUGGCUAUUAUUCAUUCACUAUUGGGAACAUUACAUUCAUUUUGAUUCAAUCCAAUCCCAAUCAAGAAUUCGAUGAUUAACUAUUUAAUUUGGAAGACAUAAGUGUGAAUAUGCCUGAAUGGAUGCAAGAUGACUUAUUCAGGUUUACAAAAUAUAAUAUUCAGUACAAUCCCUUCUGGGCUGAUGAUGCUAAGAGGAUACUGUCUGAAUUGCCACACCCAUUAAUUUUGUAUAUGAUGGCAGCUGUCCAGAAAGAAAUCUUUAGAACCAUUCCAUUUAUGUCUAAUGACAUUAACUUCUCUGCAGCCAUUCUACCCUAUUGUUCCUUAGCAUGCUAUCAACAAUUUGAAACUAUAUAUCAUAUAGGAUAAAGUGCCAAUGAUUUCUAUUUUCUUAUCAAAGGAGAUGUGAGAUUAUGUGAUGCUCAUGGAGAAUCUAUCAUAAGUGUAAUGGAAGGAACAUGCUUUGGUGAGAUUGAAUCAAUUGAAUAUACACCAAGAUGUUGGAGUGCUUUGGCAUUGCAGGAGAGUAUUGUUUUGAUGUGUUCUGCUCAUUUCUUUUCAGAAUAGCUAUAAAAUGAAUCGCCUUAAUUUUUUGAAUUGCAACAAAUGUACAAGCGAAGAAAAAUAAUACUAUUUCAAUAAGCCAAAUUGAAGCGCUGUAAUAAUAUUACUAAUUUUAAUAGAAAAAUUAAACAAAAUUAGAAGAGGACAUGCUAUUAAUGAGAAUUAGUAUUUAAACCGAAAAAAUACGAUUGCUUAAAAAUUGGACAAUUUGAAAUAAAAGUUUGAUAAUCGUCCAUACUAAAGUGUUUAAUAAGACCUAAUGUUAUAAAUUGUAGGCUAAAAAUAAGCUAGAUUUGAAAUUAUUAGAGAACGGUUUGUAAAAGUAAUUUAUUGUAAAUAAGUAUUAGGCUAUUUCUAAGGUUAAGUAUUAUGUCUAGAAAUCUAAAAAGUUUCAAAAUAUUUCUGUGGAUGAUCCUGAUUAUCGAAUUAUUCAAAGCUUGAUAAACAAUAGAGUUGUUAAUAGUGCUUGGAGCAAAUAAAAAUCAAAGAAGUUUGGCUAAAAACUCUUAAGCAAUUUUGUUAAAGUUUGUGACGAUGAGGAAAUGAUUAAGUCUUUUAUAUUGAAGAGCAAAUAAGAAUCCAUCGAUAGAAUUAUGAGAAAGAAAUUGGUUCAUAUAAUUAGAAACAUAGCCAAAUUGUAUAAGAAAGAAAAAGUUGACAAAAAUAAGAUUGAUCUAUUUUAUGGAAAAUAUCAUUCAUUAAUUUAUGAAGAAAUCAAUUCUGAAAAAUUAGAAGAACGCAAAAAACAAAAAUAGAAAUUAGAAAGCAUUCAGUAAGAAAAACGAAUCAGAACACAAAUCCAAGUAUUAAAUUCCAAUUUUAAGUAACUGCAAAAAUUGUAAACAUCAAUAUCUAUGGCUAUUUUCGAAAUUAAUCAACAUGAAUUUGAAAUAGAUGCUCUUAUAUCAGAACUCAAACAAUAAUUAUUAUUAGUUUAAAUUUGA